AUUGUCAAUUCUUUGGUGGCUGUUUUUGUUCUUUAUCCUAUGUUGGUAGCUGUGUUGAUUCUUUUAAAACAAAUUUAUUAAAAUUGUAUUGACUCUAGUUUAAAUCGAAAGAUAUAAAUUUAUUAAAUCAAAACCCUACUCUGCAAAAUCGUUAUCCGCCGCUUUUUUCCCUCUAAUCUCUGUAGUUUGCAUUUUAAUCUGUUUUUACCACGAUUCUGUGCAGUGCAAGGAGAUUAAGAAUUGCUAUAUGUUCUUCUUUUCCCUUUUGUGAUCUGUUAUCAAUAUGAGUUCCUGAGUAUUUUAUUUUUUUAUUAUUGUUUGGUUAUUACAUGUAGAUGUAAUGAUUUUCGAUUCUUGUUUUCUGGCUUUUGUAUUUAUGCUUUCUACGGAGAGCUUAUUACUGUUAUCAAUGUUGGAAUUUGAUUGAGAGAUUUUUAAUCAGUAAUGUUUUGAAUUAUAAACUUGAAGCGUACUGCUUCUUGUUGCGGGUUAUGAGAAAGAUAUUUUGAGCUAUAUAAGGUUUUAUCAUGCAUAUGAGCUCGAAUAUUUGGAAGUUGGUGCUAAUUCAGUGUGAAAUUAUUGAUGAAAAGAGGGAAUUCGAACUUUGGACUCGGAAGUAGUUACUUAGAAAGCUUUGGAAAGGAUUGCAAAGCAUUAUGCGGCUAGGAUUUUGCCUGCAUCCAACUGAUUUAAAAUGUCUAGACUGCUUGUAGAAUGAAGAAGAAACCUUAAGUCAUGAUAUUGUAAACUAUGAACUUGAUCAACUUCGGUAAAGUAUAUGAAUAAAAGCAACACACCAAGAAGAUAUGAGAACUAUGAAAUGGGGAAAAUCCUAAAGCCUUAGAGCUAAUAGGAUCUUGCAUAAUGACUUCAAGUUUACCAAUUGGUUUUGAUGGUGCACACCAAGUAGAAGCCGUAAUUUAGCUUCUCGGAAUUUCCUUAUUAGCAUUCAACACUUCGCCAUUAAAUCUUUGCUUUUCUUUGAAGGAAAAGCUAUUUAGAGCUACUCCAUACAGCUAUCCCAGCAGCCUAGCAAAGUAGUGAACCAAAGAAUUUGAUAACACUUUUCUCAACACUUGGAUUUUAUAAGAGUAGUGGGAAAUCAAGCAACCCUAGAGUUUCCAACUACUUAUCCAAAGUGCAUGACCGUAAACUGCUGCUUAUUUGAACCUUUUGGGAAUUUCGUUCUCCAAGAUGGCCUAUAGGAGUUCUCAUGGUUUGUCUGAGAUGGCUAGUAAGGAUUUGCGAGAAAAGGCAGCUCUUUCCAAACUUUUAGCAAUAUAUAUCCAAAUUAACCAAAUUGUUUAAUCCUAAAUUUUAGAAUGCGGAGGGUAUUUUUGAAAUUAUUUCAUCUUCUCCUUCUUCUUUCCAACUCUAUUAGGGCUGCAAAUCCUGAAACCCUAAACAGGGACGGACUUGUAGGGGCUUUGCCGUCGGUGAGUCUUCGGAUUAGGAGACAAAUUCAGCUUCUGGAUAACGAUUUUUGUAGGCUGUAAAGACAAACCAAGAGUGCUGCCGCUCCUCUCCCUCCCGUACAAUUCACCACUGUGGCUCCCUCAUUAGCCGUUGCACCACUGCCGCCGGUGUUUUUUCUGGAGUGAUAUUGCGGAAGAUUUCUAUGGAAGAGGCGAAUGAAAUUUUGAAGAAUAAAAGAAUUGAAGGUAUCAGUUGGCUUUGUUCACUAUCUGAAUCAGAACUUGACCUGCUGAUUAGCAUUAAAAUGCUAGUUCUCCAACGUGCAAAAGCAGUUGGUCAUGAAAAUUUAGCUGAGAAAUUUGAUUUGAAGAUGCAACGGGCUAUUGGGUUUGUUUUGAUGGAACAUCUUAAAGGAGAACUUAGGACAUCGGAUGUUUCGGAUCUGUCCCAAUCUGCCUUAAAUGCGUGCAACUUGUUAGAUAGCAAUCUUGAGAAAAUUUUGUCAAUUGAUGAGAUAAUGGCGAGUAUCUGCUCGGACAGAAGGAAGAAACCAGGAAAAAGGCCACAGGAAAAGGUUGAUUCGAGAUACAAGAAGAACGACAAGUUGUGAAUUAGAAAAUACUAGAAGUUCAUCUGAUUCAUGGAAGUUGUCUUUGCAAACAUGUUGGCAUCAUGCAGCUUUCCACAUUGCAAGACUUGGCAGGAAUCAUUCCAACAGCCAUGGUCCUCACAAACAUUUUUGUUAGUUAUAAAUAUAAUAGUUCAGGAAGCGAAAGGAACAUAUAUUAAUGGUUUGAGCUAUAUCUUAUUGAGCCAUAUCAGAUGAUAGGGAAAAUUUUGUAGUUCCACCCCUAUUCAUUUAUAUAUGUUAAAUUACAUUUGAGAAUUUGUUAAAUUACAAGUUUAGUCUUUAUUCUUCUAUAUCCAAAUUAAAUACAUCAUUGUCUGA